AUGACUCUCUGGGACGGCGAGCUGCCUUUCUACCCCCAGUCCCGGCGAGCCGCGGGCUUCAGCGUCCCGCUGCUCAUCGUCAUUGUGGUGUUCUUGUCGCUGGCUGCCAGCUUCUUGCUCAUCUUGCCUGGGAUCCGUGGCCACUCGCGCUGGUUCUGGUUGGUGAGAGUUCUCCUCAGUCUGUUCAUAGGCACAGAAAUCGUGGCGGUGAACUUCAGCGCAGAAUGGUCAGUGGGUAGCGUGAACACCAACACCUCCUACAAGGCCUUCAGCGCAGCCCGUGUCGGAGCCUACGUAGGUCUGCACGUGGGCCUGGAGGGAGUUAAUAUUACACUCACAGGGACCCCAGUGCAGCAGCUGAACGAGACUAUCGACUACAACGAGCAGUUCACGUGGCGUCUGGGCGAGGACUACGCGGAGGAGUACAGGGAGGCGCUGGAGAGGGGGCUGCCGGAUCCAGUCCUCUACUUGGCGGAGAAGUUCACGCCGAGCAGCCCUUGCGGACUCUACCGCCAGUACCGCAUGGCGGGGCACUACGCUUCAGCCAUGCUGUGGGUGGCGUUCUGCCUCUGGCUCCUCUCCAACGUGCUGCUCUCCAUGCCGGUCCCGCUCUACGGGGGCCUGGCGCUCCUGGCCACCGGCGCCUUCGCGCUCUUCUCUGUGCUGGCCUUCGUCUCCAUCUCCAGCGCGCCGCUCUGCCCGCUCCACCUCGGCUCCUCCGCGCUCACCAGUCACUACGGCGCCGCCUUUUGGGUCACGCUGGCCACAGGCGUCCUGUGCCUCCUUCUGGGAGGGGCGGUGGUGGGUCUCCACUACGCUCGGCCCAGGGCCCUUCGCACCUUCUUGGACCGAAGCGACAAGAACUGCGGUAACCAAGCGAGAGGGGACUCGCCUCUCAACCUCAACCACCCACUAUACAAGCAGUUCGGGGUCUCGGAAUCAACGAUCAGCACUAAACUGUGA